AGGGCAGAGGCUAAACUGAAGGAUAAGGAAGACAUGGUGUAAUAAAAUAAAACCUCGAAAAACCCAAACUGAGAAACCGGAAACAGAAACCAAAUCAAAGAAAUCGAAGAGGAGGAGGAGGAGGAGGAUGUUAUUUCAAGUAGGAGGACAAGGGACACGUCCCACCUUCUUCGAGAUGGCUGCUGCCCAACAACUCCCCGCCAGUCUCCGUGCUGCCCUUACCUACUCCAUUGGUGUAAUGGCAUUAAGAAGACCGUUUCUGCAUAAGGUGUUGGACUGUGAAGAUGAAUUCUUUUCGUUGCUUAUGUUGGUCCUUGAGACUCAUAGCUUGCGUACUACAGAUGCUUCUUUUGCUGAAUCUCUAUAUGGAUUGCGAAGAAGGGCAGUGAAGAUAAGAGUAAAGAAGGAAGAUGCACGUCCAAAAUCAGGGGAUGGAGUUCAGCUCUCAGGUUUAGAAAAGCACCAAAGAACUCUUUCAGUUGUAUUUUUGGUUGUGUUGCCUUAUUUUAAGUCAAAAUUGCAUUCAAUAUAUAACAAAGAAAGGGAAGCCAGGCUUCAAGCAAGUUUGUGGGGAAAUGGCGAUGAAACAGUUGAAGAAGCUGAAUAUUUUAGUGGAGGGGAUGCUUCUCUUGUUUCUGGAGAAACAUUGGAUGCAGAAGCAACUAUUAGAGCACGUUUGACAAAGAAAAUUCAGAAAAUUGUAUUUAGUUGCUACCCAUGGCUGCAUGCUAGUAGUGAAGGCAUGUCAUUUGCAUAUCAGCUCUUAUAUUUGCUGGAUGCUACUGGGUUCUAUUCGUUUGGACUACAUGCACUUGGGAUUCAUGUUUGUCGAGCUACUGGGCAAGAGCUGAUGGACACUUCUUCUAGAAUUUCUAAGAUCAGAAGCAAUGAACGUGAUAGACUUCGUGGCCCCCCAUGGCUGAAGACAUUACAAGGUGCAUUGCUGAGCUGUGCAUAUACAAUGCUUGACUAUGCACAAACUGGCUUAAUUGCAGCAGUGUUCAUCUUUAAAAUGAUGGAGUGGUGGUACCAAUCUGCUGAGGAGAGAAUGUCAGCUCCAACAGUGUACCCUCCACCCCCACCACCUCCAGCCCCAAAGGUUGCCAAAGAGGGGAUUCCACUGCCACCUGAUAGAACAAUCUGCCCAUUGUGCUCACAGAUGCGUGCAAAUCCUUCUGUUGUUACGAUAUCAGGAUUUGUUUUCUGUUAUGCUUGCAUAUUCAAAUACGUAUCUCAGGUAAGGCAUCUAAUUUCACUACAUCAAUAUCCACUCCAAGCUUAUGUUUUCUUGAUUCUCCCCCCCUACUUGGCCAAAAUCUAUUUCUUAAUCCCAAGAUGCCAUUUUGUUGCGUUGCCACAGUAUAACCGCUGCCCAGUCACAUUGAUGCCAGCAAACGUUGAUCAGAUAAGGAGGUUGUUCCAUGAUAUGUAGAGACCUAGAGAUGCUAUAAUAGGAGAUAAUCCAUGUAUUUUUCACCAAAGAAAUCAAUGAACGAGAUAUAGAUGCAGCAGCCAUUACAAGCAGCAAAAUAAUGUACAAUUUGCACUCAUCUUGAACCCCGUCCAUUUCGACAGCAAUCCGUGUGCCGUAGUCCUAGCGGGACAACACUUGACCCAUCUUAUAGAUGUCACCCAUUUAAAUUUGUACACUAAGUUUUUUUCCCAUUCUUUGUUUCUUUUUUACUCUGGAUUUGUAUCUCAACAAUCUCGUGCUAAGCAAGGUUUGAUUCUGCAUCUAUUGAUUAAUUUACAUCCGUGUUGUUGGGCUUCA